AUGGAAUCAAGUCAGAGAUAAGAAGAACCAUCAGCUGUAAUCCUUAAGGAAAUUACAAAGCAAAUGAUAGAGGAAGGAGAUUUCGUUACUUCUAUGGAGUAACUUUAAGUUACAGGCAAGCCCAAGAUUGCUAGAGCAUGCCCUUAUAGAAUUAAACUUCUUAAAGGCUAAUCAUAUUUGUAUUGUACCUGUGGAUAAAGUAAAACUCAGCCAUUCUGUGAUGGUAAACAUAAGGAACUUGAUAAUGGGUAUAAACCACUCAAAGUAGAUAUUAUUAAAGAUUAAUCUAAUUUUCUAUGGUGCGGCUGCAAAAGAAAUCGUAAAGAAGCAGGACCUAAUUGUGAUGGGAACCAUACUAGGAUUGAUGACUGGUGA